AUGAAUAAACUAUUGAUAUUUGUAAGUGUUUUAUUGUUUAUAAAUUGUGAAACAAUAAGGGUAUUUCAGCCUUGUAAAUGUAUAUAAAUGCUCACUUAGGUUGAUUGUUCUAAAAAGGAAGAUUGCAUAUGGGAUAAAUAAAAAAAUGAAUGUAUUGAUUACACAAUAGAAAUGAAGAUAUAGCAUUUUACAAAUCAUGCUACAUAUUGCAAUCAACAUACAAGCAAAGAAAUUUGUGUUUCAAUUUACUAGUGCUCUUGGGAUGAUGAACUAUGUACUCAUUUCACAGGAUGUACAGCCUUUGUUUAUGAUACACAUGAAAAAUGUAAAGCAAUUUCACAUCGAUGCAUAUCAGAUGGUUUGCACUGUGUCGAAUUAGGUGAUUGUAAUAGUUACUUGAGUUCUAUAUCAUGUAUCUAUAAUUCAGUAGGUUAAUAUUGUUAUUGGAAUGCCACUUAGUCAAAAUGCUAAGAUGUAGAUGAAUGUUCAAAAUUGCCAUAAACAUUUGCCUCUGAUUCUUAAUGCAGGUCUCAAUUUUCAACAUGUACAGCUUAGAUUGGAGGAGGAUGUAUUGAAGAAGGGAAUAAUUGUUAGGCUUAAGAUGAUGAAAUAAACUGUGUAUAUAAUCAAAAAAAUAAACAAAUUUGUUUUUGGUUGGAUGGAAAAUGUUUUGAUAAAAUAUGCGAAAAUGCUCCAUUGAAUUUAACAACAGAUAAGGAAUGUUAAGAUUUCCUUCCUUCUUGUACAACUAAAUAGGAUGGUGGAUGCAUAACUAGGUUAUUGUGUUCAACAAAUUAAACAAAAGAAGCUUGUAACAAAGAUGCUGUAGGAAAUGAUUGUUAUUGGACAGGUAAUAAAUGCGUAGAUAAGACAUGUGAGAAUGCUUUGAAAAAUUAUAAAACAAAUGAAGAAUGUCAAGUAUACUUAAAUAAUUGUAUAACAAAUGGAUAAGGUUGUGUAUUAAAUACCAGUUGUGGAGCAGCAAUAAUUGAAGAAGCAUGUGAUAAAACUAUUAAUGGUAAAUUAUGUCAUUGGGAUGGAUCUACUUGCUUGCCUAAGACAUGUAAAAAUGCAGGUCCAUCCUAUAUUGGACAUGUUGAAUGUUCAAAGUAUAUGGAGACUUGUACUGCAUCUACAGAUGAGAUUACAGGAUGCACAGAUAGAACGUGUGAUAAUGCUCCAGUAUAGUUUAAUACGUACACUUAAUGUUUGAAAUAUUUAUAAAAUGGAAAUUGUAUUCCUAAAAAUGGAGGAGGGUGCAUAGUAAAUACAAAUUGCGAGAACAUUAAUAUGAAAGAAGGUUGUGUCAGGGAUGCAAAUAAUUAAGAAUGCUUUUGGUGGAAGGACAAAUGUUAAUUGAAAAUAUGUGAAAAUGCUCCUAUAGAAUUGAAUACUCACGAAUAAUGUAAGGAAUUUAUGCAAACUUGUACCAUAGGAUCAGAUUAGAGAUGUGUAUCUCUGACUUGUGAAAAUGUACAGGAGAGAUCUAAUUGUAACUAUGAUUUGCAUAAUAAACUAUGUGUUUUUAAUGAAGGGUGCUUUAAGAAAUUCUGUGCUUUAGCUCCAAAGAAUUUACUAAACUUUAAUCAAUGCUAAUCUUAUUUGUCAUCGUGUACUGUAGAUAAUUCUGGGUCUGGUUGCAUGGAGUUGCCGAUUACAUGCAACGCCAUAACUAGAAGGGAAGGAUGUUAUUUAACUUCUGGAUAAUAAGAAUGCGGUUGGUAUAACGGAGAAUGCAUUGAUAAAUCUUGCUAAACAGCUCCUCCAUAUUUAAGCUCAACAUUUGAAUGUAAUAAUUAUAUGGUUGGAUGUGUUGUUAAGAAUGAUAGAGCUGGAUGUAUGAAACCACCGAAUUCAUGUUAAUAACGAGAGCUUUCAUAAAACUGUGAAUAUGAAUAACCAUAAGGACUUAAACAUAAAUGCUUUUGGGGUUAGGAUUAAUAUUUAAAUGGGAUUUGUCUUGAUAUAAAAUGUGAAAAUGUACACCUUUCUUUAGGGUUUCAGAUCUCUUAAGAUGCAUGUUGGAAUUUUUUUGGAUUAAAAUGCAUUUUAGAUUAUUCUACAUAUAAGUGCAUAAUAAGACCGAAUUCUUGUCUUGAAUUAGGGUUUUAAGCUUGUACUUGGAGUGGAGUGUUAGAAGAUGGUAGAAAUUGUUAUUGGGAUAUAGAAUCUAGUUCUUGUAGAUCCUAUUAAUGUUCCAGUAUUAGUAUUUAAAUAUAUUCUCACGAUUUGUGCAAUUAGAUUAUGUAAUAAUGUACUGUUAACUAUUAUGAAUAUGGUUGCACAGAUCUAUUAGAGUGUUCUUAGUAUGGAAAUCGAAAUCAAUGUGUUUUGUCUAAGGAUCACAUUAGGUGUGUUUGGGUUGAUUCGAAGUGUAUUGACAUACCUUGUGAAUAAGAUACUGAAUCUUGGGAUUUUUAAUAAUGCUAAAAUAUUUCUAAGAAUUGUGUUCCAACAUCUAAGAAAUGCUAUAUAAAGAAAUCAAGAUGUGAAGAUAUUAAAUAGAAGAAUUAAUGUGAGUAAGCAACGAUUGAUUGGAGAAAGUAUUGUAUCUGGAAUGGCACGAGUUGUGAAAGCUCGAAUUUUCAUGUAUUUCCAUUUGACUGUUCUCUAAUUAGAACUGAUGGAUUAACUUAAGGAUAUUGCUAAUCUAUAAAUUAAGUUUGUUCAGUAAAUAAAUAAGGUACUUCUUGUAUUUAGAGUGAUUAUUGCUACAAUUAUACAGAAGAUUAAUGUUUUUGGGGGCUGGAUGGAGAAUGUAUUUGGUAUCAGAAUUUAUGUAGGCAAAAUAUAUAUUGUGAAUAUGCUAAACCACCUUAUACUUACGAUACAUGUAGAGUUUUCAAUUAUAAUUGCACUGUAAAGAUUGAUGGAUCUGGAUGUGUUGAAACUGUUUAUAAUUGCUAAAACACACCUUUUGAGAAUUGUACAAAUUCAUUAUCAGCUAUUUGUUAUAAAAAAUAUUAUGAAAAUGUCUGUAUAAAUGCUUGGUAACAGCCAUUAUAAUCUGCUGAGUGUACUUCAGUCUAAGGAAAAGGAUUAACUUUUGCUUACUGUUUAAAGAUAAGUUAAGGGUAAUGUUCAGUUAAUACAUCUGAAACAAGUUGUAUAACAAUGAGAGGGUAGUGUUAGGAAUAUAGCUAAGAGGAGUGUGUAUCAACUAAUUAUCAAAAGUGCAUUUAUUCAGAGACAUUACUAUAAUGUAUUCCAUUUUAUAUUGGAAUUAACUCUUGCUCAGAAAUAAAAUUAUAUCAGCUAGAAGUUAUAUCAGAUUUAUUAUGUAGAGAAUUUCAUGACUCAUGCAGAGCACUUUGUGAUGGAUCUGGAUGUUAUUCAAAUUAUAUACUUGAUUGUGAUAAGGCAAUCUUACCAUUUACAUAUUAUAAUUGCUUUGUAUUUUCUCAAUUCUGUUCAGUUAAUGUUGCAAAGACCUAAUGCAUUCCUGCAAAAAACACAUGCACUGAAUAUUCAUUGAUUGAUUGUGUUCAUGCAAUUGAUGAAGGUGAAUGCAUGGUAGUUGGAGAGUCUUGUGUCUAAAAGGGGUGUGAUUAUGUUUCAAAUAGAAUUAAUACUCCUUAGGAUUGCUACUAGAUUUCAGCAAAUUGUGGUUACAGAGAUGAUGGAUGCUAGAAAAAACGAGAAUGUAGCUAAUAUUUAUUGAAAAAAUCUUGCAUUAUAAAUUAAUAAGAUUAAGACUGUUUGUGGAAUCCAAAUACAGCAAAAUGCGUAAAUAAGUCAUGUGAAAAUGCUGAGGCUUCAGAAUAUUUUGAUAGUCAUGAGGAAUGUAUUUAAGUUGGAAGAUGCACUGUGAAGGCAUCCAACGAUGUUACAGUUGGUUAAGGAUGUAUUUCAUGGGGACCUUGUAGAUCAUAUGUAAUUUAAGAAUAAUGUGUACGGAAUUUAUUAAAUGAAGAUUGCAUUUGGAAUACUAAUGUAAUUCCCGCAAAAUGCAGUGAUAAGUCUUGCGAGACAGCCGAACUAUUCAGAGAUGAUCAUGUAGAGUGUUAGUUAUAUUUAAACAAAUGUACUGUAAGAGUCAUAGAAAUAGAUGGAAUAUAUGUAAGUUAAGGUUGUAUUUCCCUUAAACUUAGUUGUAAUUAAUAUACUCAUUAAAACUAGUGUAUUAUUGAUGCAUCUGGUAAUAUUUGUGGUUGGAAUGGUAAUUCAUGUGAAAAUCAAAGUUGCAAAACUGUACCAACUUACUUAAUCACUCCUCAAUUGUGUUAAUAGUAUUUUGAGAAUUGUACAAUCAAUUCUACUGAUUCUGGAUGCACUUAAACCCCAGAUACCUGUGAAGAGAUGACUCAAAACUAAUGUUAUUAUGGGGCUAUUAACAUCUAAUAGCAAGAAUGCCUUUGGGAUCAAAGUUAAAUGAAAUGCAUUCUUAAAACAUGUGAAUUAAUACCGAUUUCAUAUUCAGAGUAUGAAUGUUCAAGUUUUCUAAAUUAUUGUACAAUGAGUGCAUAAAGAUGUAGAAAUGCAAUUUGUGAGGACUUUUCAUUAGCAUUAGAUGAACAAUGCAGUAAUAUCAUGUCAACUUGUACUACCAAUGGGGUUUACUGUGUCAAAAGGGGUUCUUGUCUAUAAGCAUAAUCAGAAGCAGGUUGUGUGACUGAUGUUCAGGGGAGAGAAUGUGCAUGGAUAAAUACAUAAUCCCAUUGCAUAAUCAAAAGUUGUGAAACAGCUCCAUUAGAUUUCAAUACUGAAUAAUUAUGUUAAGGGUAUUUUAAACCCAAAGAAGGGUCUUGCACAACUACUAAAUCUGGAGGUUGUGUUCUCAAAGGCACUUGUUUUGAUGCUAACAUAUAGGCUGCAUGUACAACCAGUAACAUUGGAGAGCUCUGUGUUUGGGAUGAAAUCUUAAAUAUAUGUAGAAUCAAAUAAUGUUAAGACUAUCUUGGUUCUACACAUAAAGAAUGUCAGAGUAAAAGACAAUAAUGUACUGUGGGAUUAGGUUCAAGAUGUGUAAAUAUUAGUACUUGUUAAGAUACCAAAUUCAAAGCGGCUUGCAUCGAAGGUACUGAUGGACCUUGUUUAUGGAUAAGUAGAUAUAAAAAUAAAGAUAAUACGCUUGGUGCUUGUUUUCGAUAUGAUUCAUGCCAAAGUUUAAAAUGGAACUCCCAUGCUUUAUGCUAAGAGAUUUCUGCCAAAUGCACAACUGAUGGAGAUUAAUGUGUGCCAAUUACAAAUUGCAAUCAAACUAAUCUAAAGGGAUGUGUAAUUGGUGUUGAUAACAAAGGAAUUUAAACCUGUAUUGUAACUACAGAGUCUUUAGAUUCAAAAUAGAAUAUCUGUAAAUUAUUUAAUAAAUGUACAGAUAUUUAUUAUUUAACUCAUGAACAAUGUUAACAAGCAUCCUCUCAAUGUACCUCUGAUUAUCAAAACGGCUGCAUUUCGUUAAAAUCAUGCUUUGAAUACAAAAAUGGAUAAUGUCAUAUCAAUAAUAUGGGAAUUCUUAAAGAUGGUAAGGGAUAAAUAUUAUCAACUGGAAUCUGUGUUUGGGAUUAGAUGCAAUAAUAAUGUCGAGAUGAAGACUGCUCUGAUCUCCCAUUUAUAACUCAUCUUGAAUGCUAAUCAAGACUGACUUAUUGCACCACUAAUGGCAAAAAAUGCAUUCUCAAAGAACAAUGUUUAUCUUAUUUGUCAUAGGAUGUUUGUUAGAAUGCAGAAGGACUAGACGGUAAGUGUUUUUGGGAAACUGCAUAUGAUAAGACUUUGGAGAAAUGUAGAAAAAUGGAGUGUGAAGAUAUCCCAAAUGGAUAUAUCACUUCAUCAUGUAGAGUAUUAGAAAAUUGUAUAUCAGAUGGCCUAUAAUGCAUUAGUAAGGUUAAUUGUUCAUAUUAUAAAUUUAAAUAAAGUUGUAACUCUUAAGGAUAGGAUGGAAUCUGUGUUUGGAUUGAGACAACAGAAUAAUGUAAAUUGAUGGAAAAUUGUGAAUCUGCAAACUAAGACUAAAAUGCAUGUAAACUAGCUAAAGAUAGGUGUUAUUGGGAGUCAGCAAAGUCUUUGUGUUAAAGUCAUACAUGUCAAACUUAUUUUGCUUAAGUAGGAAGAUGUAAGAAUUUUUAUUCAUGGGAUUAUUAAAAUAUUAAUUUAUGUCACUAUCUUGGAAAAAAGUGUGUUUCCAUCAAUAUUAACACUCUUAAAUCUUAGGAUUGUUACAUCAAGACAGCCGAACAUUAUAGAUGGGAUCCAUAUAAAGGCUAAUGUACUUCAUGUGAAAAAUCUGUUAGAUUGAUAACUGAAUUUAGUGAUAUUCUUGGCCAUCUAUUACUAAUAUUAUUCAUAUUGAUCUAUUGA